ACAGGAAGAGGCGAGGAUUAAAAAGGAAGUUUAAAUGGGGGAGGGGAAGAAGAAGCGCAGAGCAGCACCUCGCAGCACAGCAGGUGGGAUGGUGGGGCAGCUCCCAGGCCGAUGACGCUAUGCGCCUUCCUCUCCUUCUCCCUCACCAAAAAUCAUCAUCAUCCACCCACUAACAAACACCCGACAAACAGCCCACAGCCCUCAGCCCUUUGCCUUUUCCCCCGUCUUCCGUUCGCCGCACCAGUCUCCUCCGGGCCCUGUUUCCAUCAGCUUCUCCAGCCGGUGUUUCCAACUGCUCGUCCCUCCUCAUCCGCGGUACUUCCGGCCCAGAGUGCUCCGGCAACGACCCCCUCCGCCUGGUCCACUCCUCCGGCUAAUCACAGCCCGUCGACUGCGCUGCGAUCCCCAGGAGGCCCUUUUUCCUUCACCGGCGCUUCCCAGCAUUCCCGUGGGUGUUCCCCUGAAACACCACUGGGUGACAGAUCCAUCCCCGUGCUGAUCCACCAUACAGCAGCUUCCAGUCUGGCAUUUAACCGUGUUUCUAUUCAACAUCCCUCGGGACUUUCUCGGGUUUUGGCCACCAGUAAGUAUCUACAGAGACAUCGCCUACAUACAGUAUACCACUACGCUACGACUCCGAAUCUCCAGGGUAUCCGGUCCGCUCAGCCCCCACGGCAUAUAUGCUAUAUAGACUAAAUACUCCGUCAAGUCUAGACGGGGGGGUCGCACCACCACCACUGGGUGGGCUCCGCUCCAUCCCGGCCUCGUGAUGGGACAAAGAAAAAACACAAGACAACAACGACUGGAAUACGGGGCUAGUACAGAGCGUAAUCCAUAUGGUCUCCAAAUUUUCGGUCCCCCCG